AUGGGAGAAAGCAAGCCAGAUUAUACGGUGGUUAUUGACCAGGAACCUGAGAAUAAUCAGAGCCAACAGAAUACAGUGGUUGCCCCCUCUGGCUUCAAGUUAUCUCCUGGAAUGAGAGCUGUGCUUCCUAUCGCUAGUUAUUGUUUCGCCUCUAUUCUCAUGACUGUAACCAACAAAUACGUCCUCAGUGGAUAUGACUUUAACAUGAACUUUUUGCUCUUGACCAUCCAAAAUUUGGUCACUGUUCUGCUGUUGCAAUCAUUCAAGUUUCUCAAUCUUAUCAAGUUCCGUGAUUUUGAUAAAGAUGAGGCUCGCAAAUGGAUGCCCAUUGCUGCUUCACUCGUCGCUAUGAUCUAUACAGGCUCAAAAGCACUCCAAUUUCUUCGUAUUCCCAUUUAUACUAUCUUCAAAAACUUGACCAUCAUCCUUAUCGCCUAUGGUGAAGUACUUUGGUUUGGUGGCAGUGUUACUCAUUUGAUGUUGGUUUCAUUUGGUUUGAUGGUCCUCUCCUCUGUCAUUGCUGGUUGGGCAGAUAUCAGUGAUACUUUGUCCCAAAUCGCUGAACUCGACACAACCUUGGCUGGUUACUUUUGGAUGGCUACCAACUGUCUUGCCUCUGCUGCUUUUGUGCUCUACAUGCGCAAGAGAAUCAAGCUCACCAAUUUCAAGGAUUUCGACACCGUUUACUACAACAAUCUCCUCUCCAUUCCUCUCUUGAUUAUCCCUAGCUUCAUCUUUGAAGAUUGGAGUGCCGAAAGUCUAGCAAAGAAUUUCCCUGCUGAUGUGCGUCAAGCUAUGCUGGUUGCCAUGGUCUUUUCAGGCGCAUCUGCUUUUGCCAUGUCUUAUGCUUCUGCUUGGUGUGUUCGUACAACCUCAUCGACAACUUAUUCUAUGGUAGGCGCAUUAAACAAAUUACCCAUUGCUGCAUCAGGCAUCAUGUUCUUUGGCGAUCCAGCUACAUUUGGAAAUGUUACAGCCAUCAUUGUUGGCUUUAUUGCUGGUCUAGUGUAUUCAGUCGCAAAGACAUUAGCCAACAAAGCCACAAGCAACAACAACAAAGAUAUCAUUCCCAUGUCUUCUUCGAGUCAAAGCAAUGCUGAUGCGGUGAAGGAUCAUGGAAAACCAUAA